AUUCCACAGAGAUUCAGACAAGCUACAUGGCAGAGUUUGGGGAGUGGUUAUUCAAGACAAUUAUUAGAUGCUGCAAAGGAACCCUGCUCAUUCAGUGCAGAGAUUGGACACACAAAGGGACAGAAUUAAGAUUUCAUGGACAACUUUAAAUUUAGCAUUUAGUCACUUUCAAGUGCUUGAUAAGAUUGCAAAAUUAACUGUGUUUUACUGUAGAUUUGUUUUUUUUAAUAAGCAAGGUCUGUUAGAGUAGAAUUCAGGAGUUACUGAUCUCCAGUUCCGUCUCUCUUCUUCCCUCCCUCCUCCCUCCCUCCCUGGCCUUAUGCAGAAUCUCCAGAGGAGGCCACUGAUAGAUAAGAGAACAUGUUGGCAUGGUCAUGCAGGUGGAGGACUCCACACCGAUCCAAAGCAAGGGUUGAAAGAAAUAGAUGCUGGGAAGAUUAUCAGGGCAAUGAUAUCUUAUGUAUGGCCCAAAGACAGACCAGACCUACGAGCCAGAGUUGCCAUCUCUCUAGGAUUUUUGGCAGGUGCAAAGGGCAUGAAUAUAGUGGUUCCCUUCAUGUUUAAAUAUGCAGUAGACAACCUCAACCAGAUGUCUGGAAACAUGCUGAACCUGAGUGAUGCACCACAUACAGUUGCAACCAUGGCAACAGCUGUUCUGAUUGGCUAUGGUGUGUCAAGAGCUGCGGCUGCCUUAUUUAAUGAAGCUAGAAAUGCAGUAUUUGGGAAAGUGGCCCAAAAUUCUAUCAGAAGGAUAGCAAAGAAUGUCUUUCUCCAUCUGCAUAACUUGGAUUUGGGUUUCCACCUGGACAGGCAAACAGGAGCUCUGUCAAAAGCUAUUGACAGGGGAACAAGGGGCAUCAGCUUUGUGCUGAGUGCUUUAGUAUUUAAUCUGGGACCCACGGUGUUUGAAAUGGCACUCGUGAGUGGAAUUCUGUAUUAUAAAUGCGGUGCACCAUUCGCAUUUGUAGCCCUGGGGACACUCGGUGCAUAUACAGCAUUCACGAUAGGAGUUACACAGUGGAGGACUAAAUUUAGAAUAGAAAUGAACAAAGCAGAUAAUGAUGCAGGUAAUGCUGCAAUUGACUCGCUGUUAAAUUAUGAAACUGUGAAGUAUUUCAAUAAUGAAAAAUAUGAAGCCCAGCGAUAUGAUGGAUUUUUGAAGACCUAUGAAAAUGCCUCACUGAAGACUACCUCUACCUUAGCUAUGCUGAACUUUGGGCAAAGCGCUAUAUUCAGCGUUGGCUUAACAGCCAUUAUGGUGCUUGCUAGUCAGGGAAUCAUUGCAGGGAACUUGACAGUUGGGGAUCUGGUAAUGGUGAAUGGACUGCUAUUCCAGCUUUCUCUACCGCUUAACUUUCUGGGAACAGUGUACAGAGAGACUAGGCAAGCUCUCAUAGAUAUGAACACCUUGUUUACACUCCUCAGCGUAGACACAAGAAUUAAAGACAAAGAGCUGGCUCCACCGCUGCACAUCACACCACAGACUGCUACCAUCGCCUUUGAUAACGUGUAUUUUGAAUACCUUGAGGGGCAGAAAGUCCUUAAUGGAGUGUCUUUUGAAGUCCCUGCAGGAAAGAAAGUGGCCAUUGUAGGAGGUAGUGGGUCAGGAAAAAGCACAAUAGUCAGAUUACUAUUCCGCUUCUUUGAACCCCAGAAAGGAAACAUUUAUGUUGCUGGUCAGAAUAUACAAGACAUCAGCUUGGAAAGCCUAAGAAAGGCUAUAGGAGUUGUACCUCAGGAUGCCGUUCUAUUCCAUAACACCAUCUACUACAACCUCUUAUAUGGCAAUAUUGGUGCAUCAGCAGAAGAGGUGUAUGCAGUAGCAAAGUUGGCAGGAAUCCAUGAUUCUAUUGCCCGAAUGCCCAAUGGGUACAACACACAAGUUGGUGAACGAGGACUCAAGCUCUCAGGAGGGGAAAAGCAAAGAGUUGCUAUUGCCAGAGCCAUCUUAAAGAAUCCUCCUAUUAUUCUCUACGAUGAAGCCACAUCCUCUUUAGAUUCAAUUACAGAAGAGAACAUUCUCAGUGCCAUGAGGGACCUGGUGAAGCACAGAACAACUGUUUUCAUUGCACACAGAUUGUCAACAGUAGUUGAUGCAGAUGAAAUCCUUGUCCUAGAUCAGGGUAAAGUUGCUGAGCGUGGUAGCCAUUUACAUCUUCUUGCCAGUCCCAGCAGUCUCUACUAUGAGAUGUGGCACACACAGAGCAGCAGAAUACUAAAUAGUAAUAUCAACCAGAAAUGGGAAGAAAGAAAUAACCAUAUGUCCAAAGAAGAGGAAAGGAAGAAACUACAAGAGGAAAUUAUCAACAGUGUGAAGGGCUGUGGAAACUGUUCAUGCUAAGUGUGUGAUGCAGGAUUAAAUUUCUGCUGCCAGUUAAAGGGUAAUACAGGACUGCACUGAAGCACAGCUGUGAUUUGGAAACAUAAACGAUUCAGACACUUCCUGGUUGGUUUUGUUUUUUUACGGUAUCUCAACGCAGCAAAACUUCUUUAACCAAAGGAUUUAUUUCGACGUCUGUCAGAAUCUCUAAUAUUUAAAGAGGUGCAUGAGAGCUUUUGAAAAACUCUCAAUUUAUUGCUAAUUAACAAGGCGUAUUUUUAUGGAAGUUUCAGACAUUUAUACAUUUUACUGGCAAUCACUUGUCAAGUGACCGAGAUAAUUUCAGCUGGCAAAGAUGGAAUUGUUUGAACUGUAUCAUUAAUCGGUAAACAGACUUGUUCUUUGUUUAUUUUCCACCAUUGAUGGCUGAUAAAGGUGUUUUAUAUUUUUAAUGUGAUUCAGCUAACUUGAAUUUGUAUGCUAAAAAAUAAGAUGUUCUUAGUUAUUAAAUGAUUCUCUGGUUUGAAAUAACGUGUUUCCUUUUUAAGAACAACAAAGCAAAAAAAGCCUCUAGUAGCAAACUCAAAUUUGGAACAACCCUGCUCAGUUGUUCCUUCAAAAUAACUGCAUUUUCCUUUCUGGAAAACUUCAUAGUUGUCCCAUUAAAGAGGAAGUAAUAUGUAUUUUUAAGAAGUAUUUAAAAUCUCUAAUUAAAGAAUAUAAUUUGACAUCACAUAAAUGUUGUAAUCCAAAACAUUAUAAAAUAUAGUUUACCCUUUACUUACUUGCCAAGAAGAGAGUUCAAGGUUCUGAACCUUGAAGAGAGUUCAAGGUCUUUGAAAUAUGUUGUAAGACCACUGCAUCCUGCUUUAUUUCACUCAUAGUCCUAGGGAGCAAUUAAAGUUCAGUAAGGCUAGUUUGUGAAAGAAUGGUAUUUCUAUCAUUUUGCAUGAUUGUAUGAGAAAUCAACCAAAAUAGCUUUAGGGCUAUUGUCCUAAUAACCAUAUAGGUUUCUGUACCCAAGGCCAAAACAUACGACAUUCUGAGAAACCUUAAAUCUCUCUAAAGCUUGCAAGACCUCCCAGGACUGGGCCCUAAGAUUGUAUCUAUUUGGGCUUAUCUGCAAGGGGAAACUUAUCAGCAUAACUCCACCUUAAUAUUCUAAUUCCAUCCUCUUCUAACUCCCUGCAUGGACACUGCUAUUCCAGAAUAGGAGUACUUUUUUUCCCGGUUUAGCGUCUGUCCCUAGCAGAAUAAAUGUACCCACAAGGGGCAUUUUACCAGUUUAUAGUAUAAUUAUGCUGGUAAAUUUCCCUGUAUAGAUAAGCCCUUAGUUAUUUAUUAAUUGUUGGAGGAGAACCUUGGAUGUCAAACUCAAGUCUUGGUAGCAAAAUAUUUCAAGUCACCUUAAAGAUUCGUUAAGGAAUUCACUUCCUAAUAAAACAGGAAAUUAACUUCUUCCAAAUGAGUAAAAUAAGGUAAAGGACAAGACCAAAACCAGAAUUUUCAGUUUUCACUCAUUUUGGGUGCCCAACUUGUGCUUGAUUUUUUUUGAAGUUAAUGUGAGCUGCAGGUCCUUUUUACCUCAGAAAAUUGGGCAUGUAGGUGCCUCCAGGUCAACACCCAGAAAUUGAAGAACCCAAAGUUACUGAACACUUAUUAAAAUGUGGCUGCAAAUUUAAAUUAUUUACUUUUUUUGGUGUUGUAACAUUCAUUUUAGCUGAACCUGUCAUCAAGCUAGCUACAAAAAACAUGUAAAAUUAAAGGAGGCUGCACUUUUGGUUUCUUCCUUUUUGGCUAGUCUAAUUCUCUCUGUUAAAAUUUAUGUAAGAGAAAAAUAAUCUGUGCCAAUACAUAACAUAUGCUCAAUUAAAAAUUACUGUAAAGAGAGUGUCAAAAUACAAAGAUGAAUGACCUUCAGCCUUGGAAUGCAGAAGAUAGGUAAAAUCAUGGAAAUCUGUGGUGACAGUGCAGAAUUAUUUCUAUUUAGGGCCUCCCUUUUAUUUUCCCUAAUGGAAUGUCUCCUUUUUAAAUUUGUUUUAGCAGCACAAAGAUGACAAACAAUAUAAUAAUCUCAACGGCCAGAAACAGCAAAGGGUUGAUAAGUCCCUUUUGAGAUGUUUUUCCUUUCAUAUAUGAUGUGACUUCAAAUAACGCAACUAGUUUUUUUAAAUUAAAUAACUUAUAUCUACUGCUCUAUGUACUGAAUUAUGGACAAAAGCUGUAUUUAAUAACAUUUCAGUAUUUUCUUAAACCCCUUCGUUGCUUUGACACAUUACUUGAUGUUUACAUGUUUUAGUGAUUGCUAUGUAAAUUCAAUUGUGGUGACAAGUUUUUCUGACUGGACAAUUGCCCACAUAUUACCAGGCUUAUAUACUUUGUUCAUUACCUAAAAACAGAUCUAACACUAGCAUUAUAUUGAAAGUAUCUGAAACGAACCAAUAAUUCCUUGGCUAGAGUAUAUGAUACAGGAAACCUGCUUUGGCAGCUAAGUAAGCGCUGUAAUGAAGCUGACGCGUCUUAAUCAAUUGGAAAAAGUUUUGCGUAGUACUCCAGAACUUUGAGUGUUAUUGCCAUUGUAGGAAAGGGUGAACUUUUUAGCCAACAAAUACCAUGAAAUUUAUUUUGUUAAUUUGGUAAACGGUUUGGAGCAGAGGUGUGGCUAUUGCUAAACUGCACAUCACCGCCGUCAGUUUUGGCAAGGGUGGGGAAUGUAGGAGAUUGGGAAGGCUUCUAAACUGAUCUUCGUGAUAAGUGAGAUUUUUUUUUUUUCCCCCCAUGUCCUAUAUAUUUUCCUAUACCUAAAGGAGAAGAGAAUUUACUUAGAAACAGAUACUUGUUGGAAAGCUGGAGGGUUACAAAUGGACUUGGUUUUUCCACUGCUACAGCUCUGCGUUACUCCAUCAAACAGAUGUGAGAUCAAAAUGAAUAUUAUGUCUUGCCUUGUGAGCAGGAAUGUCAAAGGAGUAGUAGCACUUCACUUAUUGAUCUUCGUGUUUAUUAGAGAUGUAAAACUAUGGUUCUGAAUUUGUUAGGAUUGGAUUUGUGUGUUCAUGUGUCAUGCAUUUACAUAGGCUAUUCUAAACAGGCAUUUUAGAGUACUUGCUGACCUGAAGAAUCAGAGCUUAGGAGGACUUGAACAAAUACAGAGAGGUGUGCCAAGUUUUGGGGCAGAGGAUGUCCUGUUAAAAUCCCUAAUUUACAGUCUUUGAUGGGAAAAAUCAGUUCAUUUUGAAAUCUUCUCAUGGCUGUGUGAACAGCUGUAGAUCCUGUUAACAUUGGGGGUAGCAGAACUGAUACAUCCCUGUUCCAAAACAGCAUGUUUACAUAAUGUUUGGAAGUCUUGUGGACCGGGAGCAGGUCACUGGUAAAAAUUAAAUCAGUCCACGACAACUAUAAAACCAAAGCUUGCCAUGUUGGAGUGAAAAAGUCUGGACUAAAUAAUGCCACUUAAAUCUAUUUUUUUGUCUCUAGAAGAACUUAUACCUCUUCAAUUGUGUUAAUUAUUUCAAUAAAUGUAUACUUGUUUGAGAUCCAUAUUCUAAUUGUUUAAAAUGACUGCUUCUUAAAGCAAGUAUCAGCCUAACAAAUCUAAAAUCAAGAUGUUUAGAGCUAUUUUUUUAUUCCCAGGGAGAAACUGUCUGAACAGAGAAUAUAAAGAUAAAUAUAUAAAUGUCUUUUUAGUUAUUGUUUAAUUUGCUACGGUUAGUAAAGUUGGGGUUUUUACAAAUGUGAAUUUAUAAUUCUCCAGUGCAGGUGGCUUCACAGUUUUAUGCCCCCUAUUCUGUAAUCCAUAACAGCAUUUAAAUAUGUUUGAAAUUCAGAUGUGAAAUUGUCAGUUUUCUUUUCAGUAUGGGAAAAUAAAAUGUAAAUUGUACAUUAUAGAUAAGAUACUCAAUGUCCACCAAAAGCCAGUUAAAACCAUGUUAGUGUAAACAUUCAGUUGGAAAACUUCCUACCAUAACUCCAUUGUUAUUCUGUGCAUAGAUAAUUAUUACUAAUUAAAUGAUUUAUCUUGUGAA